UCCUUUUCUAUCAAACUAUAUCUCACAUAAUGGAUCUUACAACAGUGCCCCAAAAACUAAGCGCUUCAGCUACUAAGGUUAUUAAACUAUUCACAAAGGUCAAACAAGAGGAUCUCAAAAAGGCAGGCACGGUUACUUUAUUUACACUGGCAACCUAUCUCAUAGCUCUGAAACUACAUGAUGCUUUCCUUGGUCCUCUUUCCGGUCUUCCUGGUCCGCUUGGCCUAAAAUUUUACGACAUGAUUUAUGCAAGGGGCUUUGCAGACCCACCGGGAGGAGCCUGGAAAAAAUUUAAAUUUUGGCAAGAAAAGUAUGGUGAUAUUGUUCGACUGGGCCCAACUACAGUCUCUAUUUCGGACAAGCAUAUGAUAAGACAAGUACUUUUGAAAGAUGAUCUACCCAAAGGCCCUCGCUAUGAAGGGUUAUCCAAAUUCAGUAUUACGUUAUUCAGCGCUGUUGAUAAAAACUUUCAUAAGCAACGACGUCGUAUCGUUUCUCCUGCGUUUUCCGUGAAAUAUGUCAAUUCACUCGAGCAUUAUAUGCUGGCAAUGAUUCAGGCAUUUAUCGAACGUAUCGAUAGUGACAUUGAAGCAACUCUAACCUCCGAGGAGGACGGUUACGGUCAAGUUGAUAUUUGGAAGCUGCUUGCUUAUCUUGCACUGGAUAUCAUUGGCGAAACCGCAUUUGGCCAAACAUUCCAUAUGUUGGAAACCAAUGAUCACAUGGUUCCACGUACCAUUACUACGAAUCUACAGCUUGCAGCUUCUCUUGCUGCCCGGCCCUAUACUGUCAUGCUUAAAUCGAUGUUUUCCUUGGGAAAACUAGUCGAGUCGAAUAAAAAACUAAGAGAUUUUAUGGGCAAAAUUAUUGUGGAACGACUUCAGGGCGGGCCGGAUGCUCGUAGAGACGACGUCCUACAAAUUUUAAUCGACACUCAACAGGCAAACGAUGCAAAAGAUCGCAUGACAGCUGAAGCAAUUGCACAAGAGACCAUCCUAUUUCUUGUCGCUGGCUCUGAUACAACGAGUAACACGACGGGAUUUGCCGUUAUUGAAUUGCUGAAAAACCCACAUGUGUUUACCAAGUUACGCGCUGAAAUCGACAACGUCCAGUUACGGCCUGACCAGAAAUUGCUUGAACACGAUCAAGUAAAAAAACUUCCCUAUCUAAAUGCCGUGAUUAAUGAGAACCUGCGAUUGAAUCCUAUCGAUGUUGAUUGUCUCGAGAGACGUGCUGACAGAGACAUGGUUCUUGAUGGCCGUCUUUUCGUGCCUAAGAAUACCAUCAUUUUGUCCAAUGUUUAUUGCGCCCACCUUGAUCCCAAAUACUGGCCUGAGCCCACAAAAUUUAAACCUGAGCGUUGGUUGGAAGGAUCUCAAAUUCCAGCAGAUACUGAAGCAUUCUAUCCUUUCAGCAUUGGGACACGGAACUGUAUCGGUAAAGGAUUUGCGCAACAACAAAUACGAUUGUCUCUUUCCAACCUCGUUCGCUUUUACGAUUUUAAAGCUAUUCCUGCAGAGAUGAAUCAAUCCGACGACCGGGUAUCAUUCAUUACUUGGACGUUGAAGAGCAAUAGCUUUAAGAUACUCAUGAAACGUCGUUGUAGAGAGUGA